UGCAUGCUGCUGGAUGGGCGCAUUGAUUGGAAUACCAUCUCAGUCCCAUCUACACCUCCAUGCUUUACACCGGAGACCAAUAAUGAGGCCAAACAGUCAAGCGCUCAAACACAGAUCCUCACAUGACACAGAGAGGGAAUUUGGAGGAGCCCUGGGUGCUUUAUGCAUACCCGUCCUUCUCCCAUUGACGGUGCUGUUCCUGAUUGGUGUGAGUCGAUCCCCUGAGGCCAGUGUGCUCCAGUGGCCCCCUCCACUCCCCUCCACUGACCAGCUAUGGGACCCUCUGGCCCUCGUGCUUCUGCUGGGCUGGAUUGCUCUGCAUGCCCUCCUCUAUGUGAUGCCAUUAGGAAAGGUGUCUGAAGGAUUAGUGCUGAGGGAUGGAACGCGCCUCAAGUAUCCCAUAAAUGGUUUUCAUGGCCUGUGCGUCAGCGGUGUGUUGCUGAUGUUAUUACUGGUGCUCGGGGCUCCUCUGGGGUAUCUGUUUGAGCUGCUGCUGCCUCUAGCAGUGUGUGCAAUAGCAGUCUCGUUCCUGUUCUCUGUCUACCUCUACAUCCGCUCCUUUUGGGUCCCGUCUCAUGCUCUCGCCUUGGGGGGCAACACAGGAAAUCCCCUCUAUGACUUCUUCAUCGGACGGGAGCUGAACCCUCGGAUUGGAAACUUUGACCUUAAAUAUUUCUGUGAGCUCAGACCGGGUCUGAUUGGCUGGGUGGUCAUAAACCUUGGCAUGUUGAUGAAGGAGGUGGAGCUUCGCGGUUCCCCCUCACUCGCCAUGAUACUGGUCAACAGUUUCCAGCUGCUGUACGUGGCAGAUGCUCUGUGGAAUGAGGAGGCUGUUCUGACAACCAUGGACAUUGUGCAUGAUGGUUUUGGCUUCAUGUUGGUCUUUGGGGACCUGGCCUGGGUUCCCUUCACAUACGGCCUGCAAGCUUCCUUCCUUGUUGUGCAUCCACAGGCCCUAAGUUCACUCGGAGCAGCGUCUAUAAUAGCACUGAAUGGUAUUGGAUAUUAUAUUUUCAGAAGAUCCAACUCACAGAAGAACCAGUUCAGACGAGACCCUACACAUCCAAGUGUUGCAAGACUGGAGACCAUCGCCACAGCAACAGGGAAACGUCUGCUGGUGUCUGGCUGGUGGGGGCUCGUCCGUCAUCCCAAUUACCUCGGUGACCUCCUCAUGGCCCUGGCGUGGUCCCUGCCAUGUGGUUUCUCUCAUCUUCUGCCUUACUUCUAUGUCAUAUAUUUCACUGUCUUGCUGAUUCACCGAGAGGACCGUGAUGAGAGACAGUGUAGGGCCAAAUACGGACUAGCAUGGGACACCUACUGUCAUCGUGUCCCCUACAGGAUCUUCCCUUAUAUCUACUGAACUGGAAAGCAGACACGUGGAACGGGACCAAAACUGUCUCCAACACAAACUUAGCAAUAACUUAAAAUGUAAAUCCAUUUUCAGUUACACAGACCACAAACUAUUAUCCAGUGCUGCUACUGGGUAUCUGCAGGGAUCUCAUAAUUUCUAUCGGCCUUGUUUGGUAAGGCUGUGGUUCAGUCACAAAAUGAUGUUCAAUGGAUCACUAUUUCUAAUUCAUUGAUUUUUUUUUAACUUUAAAACCUCUGAAUCUGAUUAAGGUAAAUCAGUUUGAAGACACUUUUUCAGCUUAAGCAUUCCAGAAAAAAAGGCCUUGUGAGUCUUUUCUCAUAAAAAUAAUUGAUAUUUUCUUUCAAAAAUGUAAUGAAAAAAUGUAAUCCCAGAAAAAUAAAAUGCAUUUCCAUGUGAACAUCAGUGCCUAUUUAAAUGAAAAGACUGGGUCACAGCAUUGUUACCAACUUUCUUUUUUUUUUGUUUUUAAUAUCUCCUUUUUUUGUGUAUCUGUUAAAUACAUUUAUAAACAAUUAAAAAACACCAAACAACA